UUGGAGCAGCUUUAUUGAGGUUAUUUAUAAAUUUUUUUUCUAUACGAAAUCGUUAUUACGCAUUUAUCAGAAUGUCGGUUGUUUUAAAAAAAGGAAUAUCAAAGCAAAAGAAAAUGCUUCAUCCAAACAGUAGAAAAGUAACAGCUAUUGUUAAAAAAAGCAAAAAAAUAGAGAAGAGAGAACAAUCAAAACAAACAGGUUUAAUGAAACAAAAUUUAAUUAGAGAAAAAAUGUUGUGGUUAAAAGAACACAUGAAGCCUCAAAUAUGUCCAUAUACAUCUGAAUUAACAGGUGAAUUACUUGAAAAAUAUAUUGCAAGACAUGACGAAGAACUUAAAGGAAUAGCAGAUAAGAAUAAAGUUCGUAAUAAGAAGAAUCGAAGCAAUGCAAGUCGUAAAGAUAUUUUACGAAUGAGUAAAGAAAGAGAUUCAGAUGAAUAUGACGGUUGUGGAAUAGAAAUACCCAAUAUCCUGAAUUCAACUCAGUGCGAAAUGUUGCGCAAGUGGGACGGAGACGUGCGUUACCUUCCAAAUUUUGUAUUUCGGCGAUUUGGCAGACGACAUGUCGAGCAAUACAAAAAAAUUUUAAUGACUAAUGCACCUGUUGAUGAAAAAUUACCGAUUCAAAAGGACAAAGAAAAUAAUAAAAUUAAAAAUGAUGUUAAAGAAAAAACAGAAAUGGAUAUUGAUUAAAUAUUUUUUAAAAAAUAAUUAUAUCAAAAACAUAAUAACGUAUUUGUGUAUCCGUAAUUAGGGAAAAAAAAAUUAUUUUACGACAAAAAAAAAGUUUGAUUACAGGAGAAAAUUAAAUAAUUAAAUGGAUAAACGUGGCCUAACGACAUGGUUAUUUUUUAAUAUGAAGAGAAGAUUGACGAAUAUAAGAAGGAAGAUAGAACAGGUCGUUGGGUCCUCAAGUGAAACUCAUGAUAUAUCUGAGAAGAAAUUUGAAAUACCUGUCGGCAAAUGAUCACAAGUAGUUACUAUACGGCUCUCAUUGAAGACGAAGAGAUUUUGCGGUGGGAGAUGAAGAAGCCGGGGGCUAAAUGUAACCCGUACGUUCCACUGACCCAAAUCCCCAAAUCAUGACUUUAUACAAGAGUUCCCAUAUACUAAGGUUUUCCCUUUCACGUUUAUACAGCAAUGAGGUUUUUACCUUGCCUCAGCCUUAAGUUUAUUGUAUAAUAAAUAUAUACAUUAAAAUUUUUUUUAAGAUUCCUCAGUGUCGUGCUGGUAAUAAGUAUAAUUUUUUCGACAUUCUGGUUCCUAUCGAAAUAUUUACAAUACUUAUUACUGAAUUUUGUUCAACUUUAAUUAUUAUUUUUUUUAUAUGUCUUUUAUUUCUUAUUAUUUUUUCUUUUCUUAUAUCUUUUCACAGUUUAUUUUAGUGAUUAGUACAUCUAUGUAAGUAAUUAAAAUAAUAAAAAGCUUUAAUAGAAAAUUAUUAAUAAAAAUGUUAUAAAU